AUGAGCGGAUAUGAUAUCGACGAAUUCUACGAUAAAGACGAAGCAGCUGCUAAAUUACAAGAGAUAAUUCACGAAAGCAGCACAAACGAGAAGACAAAACAUUACCAGCUAACAGUAGGAAAAAUUAAAGCCGCCUCCGUGAAAAGGAUUUUACGUCCGGAAUGUUGGAAGCUAUACGAGAUCAUAUCAGAAGAGCCGACGGAAAUCGUAUUCCGAAUGCAAGGCAUUCUACAGUCCAAAGAUCUUCCUCCCGUUGGGCGCAACGCGAGCAACAGAGCUAAAAAGUACUUGCGACAACAAGUCACCCUAUUCGGUUUUGGGGCACCUUCGUUCCAAAGCUUCGUAGAUUCCAUGGAGGCGAUGUAUAUAAAAUACGGCGACUUCAUUGCGGACGGACGUCUGGACGAUUGGAAUCCUCCUACAGACGACAAGGGCAUAGGGUUCGACAUUGUCAAUCGGUACUUUACCAACAUCAGCUAUUCAGCCGGGGAAAUCGCCGUUCCGUUCCACGAAUCUGUAGAUCCAUGUGACGUCUUGAAGCAAAUGGGAGGAGGAAACUAUAUCCAUACCCAAGACAACCACGUAGAUUAUAUAGAGCGUGUACCUGCGGACAACUCCAAGCAGUACCAGUAA